AUGGGUUAUUCUGAUCUGGACGUGUUGGCUGUCAACACCAUCCGCCUUCUCGCGGUUGAUGCCGCUGCUAAGGCUAACUCGGGUCACCCCGGUGCCCCUAUGGGCAUGGCCCCCGUGGCUCACGUCCUGUGGAACAAGUUCAUGAACUUCAACCCUAAGAACCCUGACUGGGCCAACCGUGAUCGUUUCGUUCUGUCUAACGGCCACGGCUGCUUGUUGCAGUACUCUUUGCUCCACCUCUUCGGUUACCAGCUCACUCUGGAUGACCUGAAGGCUUUCCGUCAACUCGACAGCAUCACCCCCGGCCACCCCGAGGCCCACGACACUCCCGGUAUUGAGGUGACCACCGGUCCCCUCGGUCAGGGUUUCGCCAACGCUGUUGGUCUGGCCAUUGCCCAGGCUCACUCCGGUGGUGUCUUCAACAAGCCCGAAUUCGAGCUCUUCAACAACUACACCUACUGCUUCUUCGGUGAUGGUUGUGCUAUGGAGGGAAUUGCCAGUGAGGCCGCCUCCAUGGCCGGUCACUUGAAGCUCGGCAACCUGAUUGCCAUCUACGACGACAACCACAUUUCCAUUGACGGUGACACCAAGUGCGCCUUCACCGAGGACGUUAUGCAGCGCUUCGAGGCCUACGGCUGGCACACCGAGUGGGUCAAGGACGGUGACAACGACCUCCAGGGAAUUGAGGACGCUAUCCGCAAGUGUCAGCAGGUCACUGACAAGCCCUCCGUCAUCAAGCUGACCACCACCAUUGGCUACGGCUCCAAGCUGGCUGGUACCGGCGGUGUCCACGGCAACCCUCUCAAGGCUGACGAUGCCCAGCAGGUCAAGCGUUCCUUCGGCUUCGACCCCGAGCAGAGCUUCGUCGUUCCCCAGGAGGUCUACGACCUGUACCACAAGCACUCUGCUGAGGGUGCCGCUAAGGAGCAGGAGUGGAACCAGCUCUUCCAGAAGUACGAGCAGUCUUUCCCUACCGAGGCCGCUGACCUCAAGCGCCGUCUUUCUGGCAAGCUGCCCGAGGGCUGGGAGAAGAGCCUCCCCACCUACAAGUCCACUGACCCUGCUGUCGCCUCCCGCAAGCUGUCCGAGGCUGUCCUUGAGAAGAUUCACAGUGUUGUCCCCGAGCUGCUCUCCGGAUCUGCUGAUCUGACUGGCUCUAACAACACCCGCUGGAAGAACGCCGUCGACUUCCAGCCCCCUCAGCUUGGCAUUGGUGAGUGGUCUGGCCGCUACCUCCGCUACGGUGUCCGUGAGCACGCCAUGGCUGCCGUCAUGAACGGUCUGGCUGCCUACGGUACCGUCAUCCCCGCCGGUGGUACCUUCCUGAACUUCGUCUCCUACGCUGCCGGUGCCCUCCGUCUGUCGGCCCUGUCCCGCGUCCGUGUCAUCCACGUCGCUACCCACGACUCCAUCGGUCUGGGUGAGGACGGUCCUACUCACCAGCCCAUUGAGACUCUGGCUCACUUCCGUGCCAUGCCCAACUGCAUGGUCUGGCGUCCCGCUGACGGCAACGAGACCAGCGCUGCCUACUACUCGGCUCUGACUGCCAAGCACACUCCCUCCAUCCUGGCCCUGACCCGCCAGAACCUGCCCCAGCUCGAGAACUCCACCAUCGAGCGUGCCCUCAAGGGUGCCUACGUUGCUGUUGAUACCCCCAACGCUGCCGUCACCAUUAUCUCCACCGGUUCCGAGGUCGGCAUCUGUAUCGAUGCUGCCACCUACCUCCAGGAGAAGCACGGUGUCGCUGCCCGCGUUGUCUCCGUUCCUUGCUUCGAGGUCUUCGAUGCUCAGGACAAGGAGUACCGCCUGUCUGUCCUGCCCGACGGUAUCCCCGUUCUGUCCGUUGAGGCUUGCUCCACCAUGGGUUGGGAGCGUUACGCUCACGAGCAGUUCGGUCUUAACCGCUUCGGUGCUUCUGGUCCCUACAAGGAGGUGUACGCCAAAUUCGAGUUCACCCCCGAGGGCAUCAGCAAGCGCGCUAUUGCCACCAUCGACUUCUACAAGGGCCACAACGUCCGCUCCCCCAUCAACCGUGCCUUCCAGCAGAUCCUGUAA